GCGCAAAGUGUGGAGGAAUCUGCAAAAGACGUUGUAUUAAGGAAGGAAAAAAGAUUAAGAUAUAUUGAAAGUCAUAUUAAUGCCACACGUAAUAGCACAUUUAUUAACUUGUUUAAAUUGAGGCGUGAAAGGACAUUAUUGAGUAGUAAUACUGAACUUGCCAAAUCUGCUGCAGAGGAAGCCAAUAAUAUGUGCCAACAGAUUGAAACCGUGAUAAAGAAGAAAAGAGCGGGCACUCUGAAUGAAAGCGAUCUCGCUGGGAAUCUAACUGAAGGGUUGCUAAAGAAUGCUACAGAUGCAGUGCAAAAGGUCAGGGAUGCUGUUGGCAAGCUGAGAAGAUCAGCGUCCACGCUAAGGGAGUUGGGCAAUUCUUGUUAUGAUGCCUUUGACAAAUUGAACAGUUUGAUAUGGGCUCAUAAGCCUGCGUUGAAAAGAUAUUUAAUUGCAAUUGCUGCUGCCGAAGAGCAAAACGUCAGCAUGACCAAACAAUGGAUGGUCGCUCGAAAGAGCAAGAGGAAACAGGAAAAGGCAAAGAAACUCAUGAAGCGUGCCCUUUACGCCGGUCAAGAGGCUCUUGGGUCUGAGAUGGAGGCGAAUUCGCAAGCUGUAAGUGCGGAAAACAAAAUGAGAAAGCUUGAAAAUCGUAUACAUUGGGUCAAAGCUCUCUUUCAAAUAAGUUCUCCAACCAAGGCAACGGUACCAAUGGAUGAUUCGCAAGAUGUAAGAGAUAAUCGAACUCCUGAGGAAGUGACCAAACUGCCCGAAGGGAACGAAUCACCCGACGUGCCCGAAGUGACCGAGGUGACCACAAAAAAGCCUGAAAUGACUGAAGCCCGCGAAGAACCCAAAGUUCCCGAAGUACGCGACGUGCCCCAAGUGCCCGAGGUGACCACCGAAGGGCCUAAGACAACUGAGGGGUCACAUACAGCAGGAAAUGUGGAUGGAGCAGUAACUACUCCGUCAGGUACUGUCCACUCAAAGGAUGUCUUGCGUACGAUUGCUGCUCGGUUAAGUGACAGCAGCAGCAGUCCUGCAUUGGUGCACAGUCCCUUAUUGCUGCUUCUUGUUUCGAUGUGUGUGCUGGGCUGCACUGCGGUGUUCUAA